UUUGCCCCUUGAUCCCCGCGUCGCUAAAGGUCCAAUGAUAGAGAGUCCCGAAUCCUAUUCAAAAACGAAAAAAACGAGAGGAUAAAUGGCAAAUCUUGUUUAUAUUGAGCCAUUUUUCGUGUCCAAUGAUAAAGAGUCCAGAAUCCUAUUCAAAAACGAAAAAACGAGAAGACAAAUGGCAAAUCUUGUUUGUAUUGAGCCACUUUUCGUGUUCAUUGUCGGUGUCAAUUUAUCUUCCUCGAAUAUUUAACUAUUUUGAUUUUCCGCCCGGUACUUUCUUUCUUCUGUAUAUCUCUCUCUCUCCACACCCAUUAUUUGAUUGGAAGUCAAUUGGUGAUUCUGUUGGUAUUUCUUGAUUAAUUAAAUUCUUGAUUCUUUAUGGCUAUCCGAACAUUUCAGAUCCUCUUGGAUGUGAAAUAAGUGGGAUGCAUCAGUUUUUUUCCUUUUGAUUUUCUGAUUGUGAAGAAUCUGUUCUAGAACAUCGCAGAACACAUUGGGAUUCCGUUCUUCUACAGCCGAUUUGUUAUUUGAUUACUUGUAAUCUUUUUAAACCAAUUCGUAUUUUUGUGGGAGGAUCAGUUUUGUUACUUUCAAGCCCUGUUGUCGAUAAAUCUGGGAUCCAGCAAAAAAAAAGGAUUUUUGGGUGCUUGUGUUAUUCAAGGAGAACCUUCUACUAUCAAGAAGGGAUUCAAUCGAAUUUUUCAAUGAAUAAUACUAGAGGUGCAGCUUGCUGCUUCUGCUGAUUGUACAGAAUGUCUGCUUAUGGACAUCAGAUGGAGAGAGAGUACUCCGCUCAAAGUCUUUCGAGUACAGGAGAUUCAGAAAUGGGAAGUCGUUAUACAACGGAGACAGGAAUUUACAUGUCGUCUUUUGCUGCUAUGGUCUUUAUAUCUGGGCUAGUAACAGUCGGGGUAUCAAUGAUGGCAUUGCUGAUUUCAUUAGCAGUAAUGUUGCAAUCUUCUUUGAAAAUACAAGCUUGCAAGCUAUUAAGUAGAAGAGAUUUUAACUUCCCUUUUCCUUGGUCAUAUUGCCGACCAAUGUCUAAUCCACCUUACCAACCAUACUCUUCCAUUGUUGUUAAUGAAGGCAAGACUAAUCACAAUUUAGUUUCAGGGGUCAAGCCAAAAAAUAGUGUAAUUCAUCUAGCUGGUUCCAAGUUGCAGAUACACAGUUCUACAACAAAAAUAAUAAAAGCUACCGUCCCUUUUUGCUGCAGGAUCGACAAAGAUGCCUUCCAUGAUAGCAGUAGGGUGAAAAACGUGUUUGCCAUGAAGUUAUACCUGAAACUUCAAGCUGGGGGAUGGCCAUUGAUUUUAAUAUCAAGGAAACCAGAGAAACUACGUGAUGACGCAAUAGAGCAUCUGGCGUCAGUGGGAUGCAGUGGUUGGUCUUCACUAAUCAUGAGGACGGACAGUGAAACUCAAAUGGAUUCUCAAAAACAUUUUUCAAGGCAAAGGACUGCAUUGCAAAACGAGGGGUUUCGAAUCAUAGCUACUAUUAGCAGCCAGAUGGAUGCUGUAAGAGGACCAUGCUUAGAAGAACGCAUUUUCAAGCUCCCAACCCCUAUGUUCAGUUACAAAAUGGAAGAUAAUGUUGAAAGCACAAAUUUAUAAGGGUAAAUUUUGCACUCAGAAUUUCAGUAUUUCAUUCUUUUUCAUUGCUGAGGUGAAAAUGUUCAUCUUACUUCACUAUUUCUGUGUAUAUAUGAAAGGAGGUGAAGUACAUUGGAUUCAAGCAAGAAUACAGGAUGAUAAAUAUUCCUUAUGGCAUGUCAGAUUUGAUAGCACUGGAUAUGAUUAAUGAAAUAUGAUAUUCACUGUAUUUCUGUACUGUCCUGUAUAGCAAAUGUUACCUUAAAUGAUUUUGUGCCUGUAAAAAAUUUCUCUAGUCUACAUUUGUGAUGUUGUAUCAUAACUUAAUUAUAUGGUAAUGUUUAGCACUAUUUGUUAACUUCA